AUGAAAGCACUUUGUUCGUUAAUAUUAAUUGCAAUCCAAUUUUCAAAGAUAGCCGAUUGUUGUUCAUUAGAUAUAGAUAACGCCUUUGUAUCAUGUUCGACCAACAAUAUGUCCUGUAUUGCUGAAUGUUACCCAGGCUAUAUAUUUCCUAGUGGAUCCACAAAGGACUAUUAUAACUGUCAGAUUGGAUGGAUACCUUUUCUAUCCUCUUGUAAACGAAUCCCUGCAGUUUCUGUUACAUAUUCAGCCAGUUGGGUUUUUGAUGAGGUUUUAACAUCAUAUUGUUCAAAUAUAUCAUCACGGCUAGACAACCUACGAGAGGUACUAGAGGAGACGCUCGCCAAAAAUUGCGAAGUGCUCAUAAUAAAUGCCACUGUUCAAUUUACGCAUUCAGUAUUGGGCUUUCAGGUACACACAAACUUCAAAGCAGUUUAUCAUAAUUUUACAAACUGGAGAGUUCUCGAUGUAUGCAUUGAUUAUAACCGCAUUACAUUUCGUAAUCUUCUAGUUAUUAAGUCCAUGUUUGAGGGUGUCACUUGCGGGAAUUUAAACACAAGUAAUACGAUCAAUAAAGAUCUGUUUGUUAAAGAAACUUAUGAUAUGUGUCCAAGUGCAACAGAACUCCACAAUGUGACGGCCUCUAAGGAUGAGAUGUACAUACGAUAUUGUGACACAGUUUCAAUUAUAAGAACCACAAAAUCGACUACAGAAACAACACAAAUGAGUACAUUGGAAAGCCAAACUAUACAGACUGAAGUUUCUUUUACCAAAAAUAACUUCAGUUUUAGUCAAAACACAUCUCUAGAAAAGGAGGCCAGUCAGGGCACAACGUUAAAGACAGACGUUUCGUCACCGGAUCAAAACUCCAGAGUUAACAGUAGUCAAAUAACAACAAUUACAUUGUUGUCCGCUGAAAAGGAUUUCCAAGUGAAAUCAGGUAAGCAUGUAUAUAAUGCCUUGCUAAAAUAAAACAGGUUUUACUUGGAAAUGAGGACA